UUCGGCUUUUACUGGGGCCGAUAGUAGGAGAUUCAUUACAUCUCCGGGAUUUUCUGCGGAAGGAGCACACAGACUGAGAUUUGCUCUCUUAUCAACGGAACAAAAAAAAAAAAAAAAAAAAGACGCGAAAAACCUCCCCAACAAGGACUUAUGCAGUGUCUUUAAAUUUUUUUUUUAAUUCUUGGGUUGGUCCACGUCCAGUGUCGUGCGCUGUUCCAAAGAAAGAGUCGUGCAGGACUUGGAAGUGAGUGAGCCGGAGCUCCGCCGCAGUCUUUGGAUGUGUGGCGGUCGUACGCCGGGGAGUGGGUUGGGUCGCCCGGGUGCCUGGCGUAGGUCCUCGGCGAUAAGGUGAGCGGAAGAAAGGACUCCCAGUUCUUUUUUUUUGUUUGUUUGUGUGCUGGGUUGUGCUGGACGCCGCCGGGGGAGCGUUGGAGCACCUUGCGUGGAUUUGUCUCGCCAAAGAGCAGGAUUCACCUUACGCUCUUUUUCCUGGUCCGGGAGAGCCGCGACUCGUUUGUUCAUCCAAAAGGGCCGACAUCGAUUGGGUCGCUGGGCCGGCCAAGGCACGAUGGCAACCGGUGUGCUCCUCGUCGCCUUCGCGAUGCUCGCAGGUGCCGCUGUGGCCCAGAGAGUGGUGACGGUGCAAAGCGGGCCCCUGAUUCGGACCGAAGGCUCCCACGUGACCAUCUGGUGCAACGUGACGGGCUACAAGGAAGGCUUGGAGCAGGACUUCGAGUGGUCCAUGUACCUGCCAUCCGCACCGGACCGGGAGAUCCGCAUCGUGAGCACAGCCCAACCCAACUACGCCUACGCCGUCUACGCCCAGAGAGUGAACAGCAAGGACAUCUACGUGGAGAGGCUGAGCCGUGACUCGGCCAUGCUGCACAUCACCAAAGUGCAGGCCAAGGACCAGGGCCUGUUUGAGUGUUACACACCCAACACUGACGGCCGCUACCUUGGUUCCUACAGCGCCCGCACCAACCUCACCGUUAUUGCUGACUCACUGACAGUAUCCGCUCCAGCCCAGACCCUGUCCAAAGUGGAAGGCGAUACUCUUCAGCUGACCUGUGAAGUUUCCCGGACCACAAUGCAACAUACGCACUUGUCAGUGGGCUGGUAUCUGAAAGCGCCCGAUGACGCAUCCGCCCCGCCUCAGGAGCUGCUCACCCUAUCGAAAGACUUUGUUUUGCGGUCCGGGGGUCCGUACCGCCAGAGGAUGGCGGCGGGGGACCUCAGGCUAGACAAAACCAGCGCCACAUCCUACCGACUUACCAUCCACACGCUGCAGCCGGUGGACCAGGGCCUGCUCUACUGCCAGGCUGCGGAGUGGAUCCAGGACGCCGACGGCAGCUGGUUUGCGAUGACCCGCAAACAGAGCGACAAGACCCCGCUCCGCAUUCAGCCCACCGAUCGUGACUUCAGCAUCCAGGUGAGCACGGAGCGACGGUCCUUCACGGCCGGUGAGCCGCUGGAGCUCCGCUGCACCAUUGAGGCGCAGAACGUCCUUGAGCGAUUCUUCAUGGUGUCGUGGGUCUUCAGCAGCUCACCGGUGGCCGUGGUGGGCCCCAGUGCCGUGCCUGUCCUGGGAACCGACUACGUGGCUCGCGAAGCUGCCGGCCACAUGACGGUGCGCAAGGAGAGCCCCAACGUGCACCUCCUCAAGUUGCAGCACCUACGCCCCGACGACGCCGGCAAAUACAUCUGCCGCGUGACGGAGCGGGAAAAGACACCCACGGGAGACUUCAUCGACCGCAGCAAGCGAUCCCGCAACGUUCAGAUCACAGUGCAGCCGCUCAAGAGCAACAUCACUGUCUUGUUGUCGAGUAACCCCUCUGAGGUACCGGAGGGCAACGUGAUGCAGUUGACCUGCUUGGUGCAGUCCACCACAGGUCCGCUGUCUGUUGUCUGGCAGUGGUCGGACAAGCAAGGCAGUGAACCGGCCCAGAGGUUGGCCUCCUUGGACAGAGACGGCACCGUUCGCCACAGCGAUGCCUACAGGGAGCGCUCCAGCUAUGGCGAGAUUCGAGUCGAGAGGUCGGGGCCUGACACCUUCUUACUAUCCAUCUACAACGUCUUGCCUGGGGAUGAAGGGCAGUACAGUUGCACUGCAACCGAGUGGUUUCAAAGCGGCACUGAACCGGAACUCAGCUGGGAGCAGAUUGGAGAGAAGUCCGACACGCGGGUGGUCACCGUCAAGACUGUCGAGUCCUCCUUCGUGGUCUCCGCCUCAUCACGGACCCCAUCUGUAACCUACGGAGACUCCUUUGACCUCCUGUGCUUGGUCAAGCCCCGCCACAACCCUCGCGUCCCCACCUCGGUCACUUGGCGCUUCAUGCCUGCUGGGACAGAGGCCUCCGGCGACGGCGAGUUCAAGGAGUUGGUGACUUUCACCCGGGAGGGUACUUUGCAGUGGGGGGAGCAGUUGCUCGGUCUGGGCACCCGCACCACUGUGGACCGCUCGCACUCCAACACCAACUUCCGGCUCUCCGUGACGCGGGCGGGGCGUCGCGAGGCGGGCAAGUACCAGUGCACCGCCGUUCUGUGGAGAAAAAACUACGACAACAGCUGGAGCAGAGUGGCCAACCGUACGUCCAACUUGCUGGGAAUCGGCGUCUUCCAACCCGACAGUAAGCUUCAAGUGCUAAAAAAGAACCAGUCUCUGGUCAACCUGGAGGACAGUCGAGUCCGGAUCAAUUGCUCCAUCACCUCGCAGACCAGCCCGGACUCCCAACACGCCGUGCUGUGGUACGUGAGACGCGCCGCCGCGGGCACGGAGGCCGACGAGCUCUUACUCCGGAUCGAGAGAUCGGGGUCCCUGGAGUACGGCACGUACGCCGACGAGGAGAGGCUGCGGCGGCGCGUGCAGGCCGAGAGGCUCUCCCCGCGCCACUACGCGCUGACGCUGAACAGGGCGGAGAGCGGCGACUCGGGGACGUACUACUGCCUGGUGGAGGAGUGGCUGAGUGAUCCAGAUGGAGCGUGGUAUCGCCUCUCGCGGGACACGUCUGGGUUCACCGAGGUUCUGGUUAGACAGCCAGAGGCUCGACUACAGGUAGAGGAGACUGAGUCAAACGUGACUGUCCCGGAGUCCGGCCCAAUCCGCCUUGGCUGCAGCAUUCCCUCGCAGUCGUCCCGAGAUUCGCGCUUCUCCGUGUCCUGGUACGUGGAGCGCGCCGAGGAGGAGGACGAUGAGCCGCUGCCGACGGAAGAAGAGCGCGAGCGGGAGUGCGUGUUCUCCAUCGGGCACGACGCCAUCUUCGGGAACGGCAACUGCAGCCCCAGAGAGGAGGCGGGGCCUAACUCCCGCCUGCAGUUCGAAAGGAGCGCCUCGGACCAGUACAGCCUGACUAUUCAGGGGGCCCGGCCGACCGAUAGGGGGCGCUACUACUGCCAUGUGGAGGAGUGGCUGCUCAACCCUCGCAAUGCUUGGUACCGCCUGGCCACCAACAACUCCGGCUUCAUGACUGUCAAUGUACUGCAACAAGAGUCCACCGUCAAGUCAGUGGUGUGCUCCAACGAGGCGCUCUUCUACUUCGUCUUCUUCUACCCGUUCCCCAUCUUUGGCAUCCUCCUCAUCGCUCUGCUGCUGGUGCGCUUCAAGAAUCGCAACAACAACAAGAGCCAGGAGGGCAAGAACGGCGCCCCCCUCCUGUGGAUCAAGGAACCGCACCUCAGCUACUCGCCCACCUGUCUGGAUCCGCCCGCGCUCAGCCUGCAUCCCGGAUCCGUGGACUAGAGCUUGACACGCCGCGUCGGCCGUCCCACCAGGGGAGCGGAUCAGAAUGCCGUUUUUGGGAUUUCCCUGUCGUUGACUGCUGUUUUUAUCCAUCAGUAGAUCGGCUGCCUGUUUUUAUUUAUUUUUUUCCUGUGUGAGUGAGCGGCCUUCUCAUUUUUGUGUGUCUCACUGCCGCGUUUGAUUCAAUUACCCUAAAUAUUGGUCUGUUUUUUCAAAAAGAAAUCAGCACACUUCUGAAAAGAAGGAACUCUCAGCAUUAAUUGGAUGGCCCUGCCCCAAAAAUGAAAAAGAAAAGUCUCGACAGUCCUCAUCCAAGAGCAACCUGGCCAACACAAGUUGGUUGCCAUGGCGAUGCUCCGAGCCCACUGACUCCAUAGCAGGUGACUUGGCAGCCUCGCGGAGAGACAAAGAAAAGGUCCACCUGGCCCCGCAAAGAAUUUGGCCCACAGAAUCAAGCCCUGGAGCACCACUUUACACACACACACACACAGACUGCGAGACAAUAAACAAGCAAACAUCUUCUACUCUACGUCCUGCUGAGGACCUCCUCCAUGGUUUGCCAAGAGCUCCUUAUUCCCACUCUGUGGUGUAAAAAGCUGAUUGGUCCUAAGGCGGCUAGUAAAUGCAUCCGCUUCCCUCCUGCUGUGGACGUUUUGAUUCUCCUUUCAAUUGAAAAUUACACGGCGGGUUUGGGACGGAAAUUCUAGCACAUUUCCUUUUAGUUUGUUCUGUACUUUUGUCUUCAAAAGAGACGUGGAAAUGAUUUUUUACAGGGAGGGGAAAGAAAAGUUCACAUCCGUCUGAAUGGAAGUGGUGUGUAGAUCGUGUCACACACACACACGUGGGUGGUGGAAAAUGUUUGUAAAGAGUUUUCUAUUUAUUGUUUUAUACUUGUUUGCAUUGCUAAUUUUUUUUCUCAUUUUUUUGUUUGUUUUUUGCUUUGAAUUUCUCUGCUGCUUUCGUUGCCUGGCAACUGCGCCAAGCAGAUGAUGCCAGUAAGGUUGUUUGAUGGCGACCAUGUGCUUAAUGAUGCUCACUUUUGUACCAAAUGAAUUGUGGGUGAGUCAGUGUUAAAACAUAAUCCAACGAGGACAGAAAUGACAUGUGGCUUGACGUGUACAACAUGCAGAAAAAAACAGCUUCUUGCUCACUUCCAAUUUUAUUUUGUGACGCUUUGCCGCAGAAGGAUUUUUCUUUUUUGCGUGUAUACCCCCCCCCCAUCCCCCCGCCCCUCAAAGGUGGCUCAACAUGCCUGUUCACUUGAGGCAGAGGGGAAAAUUUGCAUCUCUCGUCCCUAGAAUGCAAGAGACUAGAAAACUGACUUUAACCCUUUCACUGCCAGACUGGACCUAAAAUGAAGAGGAGGGGGAUAGAAAGAGAAAUCCCCCCCCCCCCCCCAACCCCAACUUUGUCGUCUCAGUCGUGUCAACAUGUAUAUUGCAUGACAAAACCGCAGGAGACAUUUUAGAUGUUUUGUAAACUUGGAACUCUCUUGAGCAUCGUGUUUGUGUGACAGAGCGCCGCCCCAAACCCCCGGUGGACUUCCUGUGCUAAUAAACGCCCCCCCCCUACCCCCUCCCACACACACACAUACAUACACAUAUACAAAUGUAAUGUUUGCUAAUACAGAGGGUCCUCAGUAUACAAACGGAUCAUAAACAUGUGGUCAAUGGUCUCAAAGUGUUUUUAAUACUAUAAUAUGAAAUUAUUGAUUGUAAUUAAGACUUUACUACUGUGUUAUAAUACAGUUUGUUUGUUUAGAACUAUGUCAUUCACUGAGGACCCCCUGUUUUUUUAUCUUGUCCGAUGCCAUUUGGAUGAAGAAAGAUACCAUUUGGAGGUUUGGCUCACUAUCCUGUAUAAAGUCUCACAAGAAUUUAGUAGGAAAUGGUGAGAAAAGUUGGCACUGUAGAAUUCUAUCAAUGAUACCGUUAGGCUCUCAACAACAAGCAGGGCUUCAACCUUGCAACGCGACUGAACUAUUGCAACAAAAGAUGGGGAUGAUGGGUAGUAACGCAUUUAUGCACCAUGAUGGGCGCAGGACACUAAAAGAGCCGUUUUUAAAGCAAUGAUUUGACAAAUUGAUUUGUGUGAGCAGCGACGGGACAAGCUGAAAGUCAACAACGGUGCUUUAUGUUCGUAUCAAAUCCUACUAAAUUGUGACAUUUUGUUUCUUUUUUAACAAUUGAUCAUUUUUGCACAGGACCAAAAAGACGAAUGUGGCCGAAAUGCACACUUGAUGGAAAGGUAGCAUACACUGUACACAAUCAUCCAAUCAACUUUAUGACCUUGAUAGCGCGUUUCAAACAUCAUAACGCAAGCCUCCACAAUGGCAGUUUCACAUUCAAUUAGAAAAUUUCAACCGUUUUUUUUUUUCCAUUCAUGAAACCAAAGCCCUUUUUUUUUCUUUUGACGCACACACAUUCAUUAUGUACAAUGUUUAUGACCAUACAAGACAAGAACACACACCUAUUAAUGAGUGUUUAUCUUCCUUGCUCUUGUGCGUGUAAGCUGCCACGUGGAGUGUUGCUUUAGAACACCGCCUCGUUAAAUUUCAAUGACAUUUUUUUGUGUAUUCCUGCUCCCCAGCCACCUACAUACAUUUCAUGCAGAUUUGCACCCCCCCCCCCACCCCCCCAUGCAUUUUCCCCAUGGCCAGGAAGCGAAGGACCGCCACCAUUGCUGGAACUGUACAGAUGUGCGUUCUGACUGGUGUUUUUUCUAGUGAUAAUAAUCCUAUUAAUAACAAGGAUGAGUCCCAUCCCUAGCUGCCUCCGAGGGUCCUUUUGAGACGGUGUCGUAGCUGCCUUUGUGAGGGCUGCAUGUGUCGACGGUUUGCUGGCUCCACAUUUAGCGAUCCAAAAUAGUUUGUGGUGAUGUUUUCAGUUCAGCCAGUGAUGCUCGGUGAUGUACUUUUAUAUCACGAUCGUUUGUUUUGUUUUCAUUUUCUUCUGCUCCUCUGUCCAAUAGUUGCCAUUGUGACCAUGAAAAAGACACUUUGCUAUUGUCGGUUUAUUGCAAUAAAAAUACAUACAGAG